CAUCGGCCGAUCCGCCUGUAGAGUCUGGUACUACUUCUUGCCAAAUAAAAUACCCUCCUCUCGCCCUCGUUUGCAUCUACUACUCCAAGAACACACCAAAUCAAGGGGAGCGCGCAGAGCGGGGUCAGAGCAGGAGAGAGCCAUCAUGGUGCAUCCGGUGGCGGAGGCCGACGAGCGGAGCCCCUUCGGCCGGCUCACCGCCGAGGAGUACUACGCACGCCACGGCGUCACGCACUCCUCAUCCACCUUCGUCAACCCGCGGGGGCUCCGCAUCUUCACGCAGCGCUGGGUGCCCAGCGGGGACGCCCCCAUCCUCGGCGCCAUCGCCGUCGUCCACGGCUUCACCGGCGAGUCCAGCUGGAUGGUGCUCCUGACGGCCGUCCACUUCGCCAAGCAAGGCUUCGCCGUCGCCGCCGUGGACCACCAGGGCCACGGCUUCUCCGAGGGCCUCCAGGCCCACAUCCCGGACAUCACCCCGGUGCUCGACGACUGCGAGGCCGCCUUCGCCCCCUUCCGCGCCGACUACCCGCCGCCGCUGCCCUGCUUCCUCUACGGCGAGUCCCUCGGCGGCGCCAUCGCGCUGCUGCUGCACCUCCGGGACAAGCCGCGCUGGCGCGACGGCGCCGUGCUCAACGGCGCCAUGUGCGGGGUCAGCCCCCGGUUCAUGCCGCCGUGGCCGCUGGAGCACCUGCUCUGGGCGGCGGCCGCCGUGGCGCCCACCUGGCACGUCGCCUUCACCAGGGGGAACAUCCCGGGCCGGUCCUUCAAGGUGGAGUGGAAGCGCGCGCUCGCGCUGGCCAGCCCGCGCCGCACCACGGCGCCGCCCCGCGCCGCCACCGCGCUCGAGCUCCUCCGGGUGUGCCGGGAGCUGCAGGCGCGCUUCGAGGAGGUGGAGCUGCCGCUGCUGGCCGUGCACGGCGGCGACGACACCGUGUGCGACCCGGCGUGCGUGGAGGAGAUGCACCGCCGCGCCGGGAGCAAGGACAAGACGCUGCGCGUGUACCCCGGGAUGUGGCACCAGAUCGUCGGCGAGCCGGAGGAGAACGUGGAGCAGGUCUUCGCCGACGUCGUCGACUGGCUCAAGGCCAGCGCCGCCGCCGGUCCGCACUCCGCAGUAGUUGGUUAGUGGUUGGGUCACGCGUCGCGCGCGGGCCGUGUCAGGCAGGUGCGUCUUGUUCGGAGAGAUCGAUCGAUCAAUCAUGGUCAUGGGUAGGGCGUGCUCCGGCCCGGCGGUGUUGCCGGUGUGUGGUCCGUGGCCGGUUGGUUCAAGUACGGGCGCAAUAAAAGAAUCUGUUGACUUUACGUACGUCUUGAUGAAAUGAGAUCUGGUCCUGCUGUGGUGUUGUGUACUGUAGGAGUAUCUUCGUGUAUUUGCAAGUGGGCAUGGCUUCUCAUCAAUGAAAAUGUCGGCGUGGUCUCCAUAUCCA